AUGGAUGCUAAAACAAUCAAAGAGGAGAAGGCUAAGGUAGAGAUCUGGCAGUAUGUAUUCGGCUUCACACCAAUGGCCGUAGUGAAGUGCGCAAUCGAGCUCGAAAUCGCCGACGCCGUCGAGAGCCAUGGCGGCGCCAUGUCUUUGCCCGACCUUGCCUCCGCCGUCGCCUGCUCGCCCUCCGCCCUCGUUUGCGAAAUCUGCGCCUUGCGGAGCGGCUGCAGGAGAUCAUUGCCGCCAUCGGCUGCCCCGUCCCCAGUCGCCGUCGAUACGACGCCUCUACUCUCCGACCAGAUCUUUCGCCCCCACCGUCGCCCUCGCUUCCUCCGUCGCGCCAGCAGCCGGAGCCGCGCCAUGCGCGAGCCCUCCGUCCGCGUCCGAGAAGCAGCCGCCGAUCAAAUCGAGGAGUUGCAGAGUGAUUGGGGUUUGUUGUUCGAAGCCGAUAGUGAUUUUAGAUUUCAUUUGAAUUUUGUGAAAUUUUUCAAUUUUGAAUGA